UAUCAUAAACCUCUUCAACUUCUCUUCUCUUCUAAUCUCUUCUCUUCUGGUACUUAAGUAUUUUUCUUUUUCCAUCUCGUGCAUAUAAUGUAGGUUCUAAUUAAACCUCUGCUUCCAUAAUAUCCCCUCUCCCAUAUUCCUCUUCCCUAGUUGUUUUUUUUUCUUUUUUUUUUGUAAUAGUCAAGAUUCUACUAGACACUGCUCAUGAUUCAUUUUUGUUAACGCAUAUGUAUGUUUUACUUUUAUUCUUGAUGUUCGGGAUCCAUGUCUCCGAUAAUUAGUGAAGUCCUCCUUUCUGGUUUUACCAUAAACUCGAUUCUUCGUCGUGGUACCCAUUUAGUUCAAUCUUUCUCUGUAUGCUUCCUUUAUUGGUUCUACGUGUUCUCAUGAAAAAAGAACCUACCUUCAUUCCGAUUUGCAUCGCAUAGGACCAUUAUUAGAACAUCAUUGGUAACUUUUUUUUGGUCACAACAUCAUCUUUUCCACUAUUUGAAAAUUAGUAGUCCAACUAAUUCAGAUUCACAUCUCAUAGGAUCCACUAAAUAUGAUUUAACCAUUUGGUAUUCGAAAUCAAAUAGACCGACUAAUCCAAAUUUGCAAUGUAUAGGGUCCAUUAAAAGUGUUUUGACCAUUUGUCGUCCUGAAACCCACAGGCCCGACCACUCUAGAUUCUCGUUGUAUGUGACUUAUUAAAAAUGAUUUAACCGUCCACAAUCCAGAACUCACAAGCUGGACUAAUCUAGAUUCACAUCACAUCAAACCAAGUAAAAGCUAUUCAACCAUACAAUAUCCAAAAAUCAGUCCAUUUACUUGACUAAUUCAGAUUAGCGCCACAUAUAGUCCAAUAAAAGGGUUUCCCUAUUCUAUAGAAUUAUGGCUUCUUUUAGUGGAACAACUUCAGGAUCAAGCCAAGAAGAUCUCCAACAACUAAUGGACCAAAGGAAACGCAAAAGAUUUAUAUCAAAUAGGGAAUCAGCAAGAAGAUCAAGAAUGAGGAAGCAAAAACAUUCUGAUGAUUUAACAGCUCAAGUAAAUCAACUUAAGGAACAAAAAAAUCAAAUUGCAACAAAUAUUAACAUGCUCACAUAUCUUUUCUUGAAUGUGAAAGCGGAAAAUUCAAUUCUCAGAGCUCAAUUGGUUGAGUUAAGCCACAGGCUGCAGUCCCUUAAUGAGAUGAUAAGUUGCCCACACUCUCCAUACCUCGAAAAAUGUACUACUUUUGAAGGACCUGAAACGUACCCUGCAACCGUUAUACAGGGUCCGAGCAACAUAGCUUUUAAUUAUCAUCAUGACCUAGAUGAUUUCUUGAACCUUUGGAAUUUGCUCAAUGUGAAUCAACCUAUUAUGGCUUCUUCCGAUUCCUUCAUCUACUGAUCGUGAGUGAUAUGAAUUAAUAAUCAUUUGGUCCUUGUAACAUAAAAAAAAUGUAAAAAAAUAAAUAAAUGGUUGAUAAAUGGGCUACUACUAGCACGCAUGUCUCUCGUGUAAUUUUUAAGAGAUAAUGCAAGUUAAACUAUUGUAUGUGUUUUUUUAGUUUAAUGUCUAUUUGCAUUAUUGUUGAGAUGUACCAUAUUGUCAAUAUACCUUUUUCUUGGGUUUCUAGUCA